AUGUAGGUGUAGCCUAAUUUGAAUGUGUCCAUCAAAAAGAGGGCGGGUACAGUAGGCGGAGCGUAAAGCAGGGAAGAUUUCAGCUGCUGUUGGGGGGCGCCAGUAACAGUUUCUUCUUGGUCUUUCUUUUGGAAGGAAAUAUCAGAGUGCAUGGACAAAUGUUCUAAGCCCUGGGACAUAGGAAUAAAGCAGAAGAGGACCUUGCCCUCAUAGACCUUACAGUCUAAUAGCAGGUGUUUGCUGAAGGCAGUUUACUCAGAUCACUAUCACCUGGAAGUGGUUGAUAUAUCCUGGUACAAACCUUCAAGGAAGAAGCAACACGACAAUAUGGACCAGCAACUGAAAAAAAAGGUAAAGACUUGUGGCUGGAAAGGCUUGGGUAGAAGAGCCUUCAGUGGGGAUAAACCGAAGCCAUCCAAGCCACGGCCAGCCCAACAAGAACCUUUUGACAUGCCAUGGGCCUUAGAAGAUGAAGGUGUAUUCUUUGAAAGUAGCCACCUAGUUGUUGGAGAAGAUUCCUUCUCUGAUUGUUACAUAGAAUGCAUAAUAAGAGGUGAGUUUUCUGAACCCAUCCUGGAAGAAGACUCACUGAAGUCCCUUAACUACCAGGAAGAAGAAUCAGAACAAGAGCUUUCUCAACAGGUUCUUACUGCAAGCUCGCUUCUGGGGAAAUCCUUGAAAUGUGUGCAAAAAGGGGCAAAACAAGAACUUUCUCAGCAGACUGGAGAGAAUUCACAGCUUGAGUAUUCAGAGUAUGAGACAGGCAAGAAGCUUUCUCCUGGAGGAAUACCCAGCACUGAUGUAUCAGAUCCUAAACAGUUUGCAGAAUUUGCUAGAAAGAAGCCCACAAAAAAUAAGGAAUAUGAUGCUCCAGAAAGAAUUGUUUGUCCUCACAGUGGAUGCACAAAAAAGUUAAAGAAUAGAGCUUCCCUGAGAAGGCAUCUCCUCGUUCAUGCUCCCCGAGAUCAUGUAUGUGCAGAAUGUGGGAAAGCAUUCAAUGAGCGUGCAAAACUAAAAAGACAUUUUCUGGUUCAUACUGGAGAGAGGCCAUUUCGGUGUACUUUUGAAGGGUGCGGAAAACGUUUUUCCCUGGACUAUAAUUUGCGUACCCACGUACGUAUCCAUACUGGGGAGAAACGUUUUGUGUGUCCCUUUGAAAGCUGUCAUAAGAGGUUUGUCCAGUCAAAUAACCUGAAAGUUCAUAUGUUAAUUCAUGCAAAGACCAACAAAAAUCCGUGAAAGAGAAGAUAGAAAAUAAUCCUUAAACAAGAUGAGCAUAUUAACAAAAUAGUGAUUUGGGGGCAUAUGUACCUUAUUACUAUCUCCCAAAAAGAACUUUUUCAAGCAAUUACAACCCUACAUGGUAUAUAUUUUUUUAAUGUUACUACAAUGCUCCUAAAACUUAUGGUAUCAUUUUAGAACACUUUUAGAACAUUUUAGAGCAUUUGCUAAAUGCUCAAUUUCCAACAGUGUAUUUCUAAUGGGAAGACCAGUAAUUAAUUUACUUCAAAAGCAUAAUCCUUAAUACAUUAUGAAUUGGAUUGCUAGAUUUUCACAGGCUAUAAGUACGAAAUUAACUUUUUAAAGUGUGUAGUUGCGAAUUGUUUAGCUUUUGCCUUUUAGGAAUAAACUUCAUGCUACGUGUGAUAAUCAUAGAGAAUGAAAAUUUUGCUGUAGAUUGUCAAUAAGUAAAUGAGUAGUUAAACAUUUUUAAAAGAUACACAUUUUUAAAUCCUUUUUUAUCAUUGUAUGAAACUAUACUGAAAUCACGUAGUUAGAUUUGAAUAGUUAUUUGGUAGUAUCAAUUCAUUUGAGUCCAUUUUAGGUAUUUUAAAAGGAAAUAAAACUCCAGAGAUGCUAAAUCUGGAUUAAAAAAAAAAAAUCAGAGAAGUGUGCCUUGAAAAGAGAUACCAGGGGCACCUGAGUGGCUCAGCUGGUUAAGCGUUUGACUUCGGCUCAGGUUACAAUCUCAGGGCUCCUGAGUUUGAGCCCCAUGUCAGGCUCUGUGCUGACAGCUCAGAGCCUGGAGCCCGCUUGAGAUUCUAUGUCUCUCUCCUUUUCUGCCCCUCCCCUGCUCAUGCUCUGUCUCUGUCUCAAAAAUAAAUAAACAUCAAAAAAUUAAAAAAAAGAAAAGCAAUACCAUUUAUUUGUCUUAGAAAUUAACUAAACAUUGCAAAGGUUAAUAUUUAAGUAUUGGUGAGGGGUGAGGAGAAAGCUACCCUUCUACAUGGUUGGUUAAGAUAUAAAUUGUCACAGCUAUUUUGGAGGGUUUUUUUGCAAGUGUGCUUUAUAAGUUUUCUAGGGCUGCUAUAACAGUACUACCAAAUGAGUGACUUAAAUAGCAGAAAUCACAGUUCUGGAGGCUAGAAAUCCAAAAUCAAGGUGUUGAAAGGAUUAGUUCCUUCUCAGUAUAUGAAGGAAGGAUCUGUACCUGGCUUCGCUUCUUGGCUUAUAGAUGGCUGUCUUCACGUUUAUGUGGUUGUUUUCCUUUACAUCCGUAUCUCUUCCCUCUCCAUGUCCAUGUCCAGAUUUCCUCUUACAAAGAUACCACUCAUUGGACUAGAACCCAUCCUAAUAUGCUCAUUUUAACUUGACUACCUCCAUGAGGACCCCAUCUCUAAAAAAGGCCAUAUUCUGGGACACUGGGGUUAGGAUUUUGAACAAAUUUUUGGCAGCACGCAGUGUAAACCGUAAUGUGCAUUCCCUCAGAUUCUGGAAUUGUAUUCUACAGAAAUAUCUGCACUAAUGUGCAAAGAUAUUUGUUCAAGGAUGUUGAGCAAAGUAUAUUGAUUAUAAUUUCUAUCUUAGAUGUCCAUUAAAAGGGAACAGGUUGCAAUCAUGAUACCUCUAUUCAGCAGAACGUGUGCAGAUAUCCUUAAAGGAAUUCUGACUGUAAAAGAAAGGAAAUAGGGCCACAGCCAGAGGAAAGCCACAGAGUAGGAGGAGGUUUGUUGUUUUUAAUAGAUGGGACAGAAUCUGGGGUAAUUCAUAUGCUAUGGAAGAAAAUUCAGAGAAACUGGUUAAAUAUUCUGGAUAAAGGGAGACAUUGUGUUGUCCAGAGGCAGCUGGUGAAAAUAAAACUAUAGUUUCAACAUAAGGAUUAACUGAAUCCCUAAUGGGAAUAAUUUGAUGGGCAGAACAAAAUGCAGGUAUCAAACUUGGAAUGUAUCUCCCUUCCCUACAUUAAUAAUUAUAAGUACUCAGAUAUAGUUAGGAUACUACAUUUGAGGUUAAGAUUUAAGAUCCCAUUGUUGGUAAUGGUAGGUAAUAUGUACCAUAAAUUUAACAGCUUUUCAGGGGAAAAAAAGAAAAGGAAAGUAGACCAACUUUAAGAUUAAUUUUGAUUUGAAAAAUGCCAGAAUGUAAAAUCACAUGAUACCAAAACAAUUAAAGAAAAAAUGAAGGACUUAUAUUUUGGCCUCAGAAGGAGCAAAUAGUUACUACGUAAUAUUGUGGAAACUUUAACUUUUUACUUAUAAUGUAUCUGGUAUGGCAUUUAUACCAUCAUUUCUAUAGGAAUGUGGGUCCUGAGUUUCUAAGUCAAAAGGAACACUGGAUACAUAAUCCAUUUAUAAAUUUGGAAUUUCCUCUAAAUCAAACACCUGAGUAUAGAAUUUAGGAUGGGAAUUUAGUACUUGAUUUGACGAAGAUGAUGGAGUAUUUUGUCUUGUUUUUGCUUUAACAUUAAUGUGUUUGAUUUGUUCCUCUAUGGAUUUCUACCUCAGAGUUGAAUUAGGAUGUAGUAUCUCCAAAGGGUAAGUAAAAGGCAGGAUUAAAUAGAGAGCAGUCAAGACUAGAUAAAAAAAAAAAAAAAAAAAAGUCAAUGGCAGGGUUUAGGGAGCAAGCUCUUAAGACCUGGGACUCAAAGCAUCAAGAGGGAUCAAGAUUGACUUUCCCUUUGUAGAGGCUGGUCUCCUUCUGUAGAUUAUUCUUUCUGGAGGUAAAGCAUCCAAAGCUCAGUAUUUACAACAUAAAGCUUAAAUGUACAAGAAAUACCAAUUUGAGAAUGGGUUUAUGUAUCUGGAUUUCAAGGCUUAACUUCUGACUUGGGAAUAGGAUGCUCCUUGACUAGCCUCCUAGCUGUUCAUUGUGUUUUCCAAAGAAGAUCCCUAAAACUGCUAAGAAUGUAAGAGGAAGAAGGCAAGUGGAUGAAAAAGGAACAGAAAAGGAAAUUAGCUAAUGAGGAUAUGUUAUCUAAAAUCUUAAUAAUGUUGUUUUGGAAAAGUUAUGUACAGAUACUUUUCUAUAUUAGUAUUCUAAGAAGAAUGAACAUAAGAUGUGUGAACACAUAUCCAGAGAAAACUGAAAAAGGAAAUCAAUCCAUCUAGAUUUUCAGAUGUCUCCAGGCACUAACAUGGUAUUUGGAUUCAUGGCUCAUAUCCUUUGUGUGUGUGUGUGUGUGUGUGUGUGUAUGUGUGUGUGUGUGUGUGUGCACGCACAUGUAUAUGUGGCCAAACAUUAAUAGUCAGAAGGUAACACCAGAGAAAUGGCUUUCCACAAAAAAAUCAAAAUCCUAAGGCACUUUUCUUGGUAUCUCUAACACAUAGGUCAUAGUUGGCACUUAAUAAAUUAUGGAAUGAGUAAAUGUGUAAAAAUACAGCUUGAUAUGCUUUUUUAAAAAGUUAUUAUACAGUUCUCAAAAUCAUACAUAAUUCAAAAACAGGUAAUCACUUGUUUUUACAUAAAAACUCCUGGUUACUAUGAAAUAAAGGUGAACAACUUCACUAGAUUAGUAUUUGCUCAUUGAAAGAAACAUAAUAUUUAUUAGCCAUGCAUAUAUCAACUCUUACUCCCAAAAGGUAAUCACCACUGUUAAAAAAGAGCUUUAAAAAUGGCUAUAUUUCAUCAUUUUUAGUAAUAGUGAUAAUUAUCUUAAAUCUCAUCUUAUUUUCCUGUCUUUGUCUAAAAGAGUCAGGAGACGAGGGUCUGUUCAUCUCCUAACAUCUUAGAUAAUGAAGCACUAACCUACAUUGAGAAUUCUAUCUACCAAUACUAUGAUUAAUUAAAAAUGUGUUAAGACACUUACAUUCCUACUUUAGUUUCUUUUAUUCCUGGUAGGUACACAGAUCUCUCAAACAGUCAUAUUUGAUUUAUUUCAUCAUCGCUACAGCAUAUAUUGGACACAAUUUCUAUUCUAUCUAAAAAAUUUUAUACAAAAGCAGAUUUGUCAGAUUCUUUUCUGUGGAAUAUGCAUGUGCAGAAAUCCACGUGUGCUUAUGUUUUAAUUACCUAAUGCACUAGCUAUGAAUAAAUUGCAUGAUUACAUCCUACACUGGACACAGAACAGUGCAAGAUAUAUUAAAAAGCCAUUAUAUUUGCAACUCUGAGCAAGAGACUAUAAUUAAAAGGCAAUUGGAUGAAAUUAGCUUAGAGAGUACAAGAGUUUAAGUAGGAUUUGGUAAAUGAACAUUAAUGGUUAACAUGUGGUUUUUAUUGUCUUUCGCUUCUUCUCUCUGUGACCCCAGGGUUGAAUUUCUUAGAUGUCAGUGGACCAAACAUCUGAAAACACCUGUACAAAGCUAUGCUUUACCAUGUGGCUAAAGUUAUAUCCAUAAAAGAAGCCAACAUAACUUUUGUGACUUUAGUAAAUCAAAGGUAUUAGGUAAGCUAGAAUGAUACCCUGGGUAUUAAUAAACUAUUUUUAAUGCUCCUAAGAUCUCGGGUAUGUGUCAUAAAAGCGUAGUUCACACUUCCUGCAACUCAAAAUGUGGUCAUAAAAUACACAUGUACAAGUCAAAGAAGGAAUAAAACUUUAAAGAAUUUUGAUUAUCGUGACAUUAAAUAUAAAAAAGUUGUUAAAAGUUAUACACAGUAUGUGUAAUGCCACUUCACCUUUAUCUGAGACUACCAAUACAUCUGCAAACUACGGAAGACUCAGAAUGGUACUGAUAUUUUCAUGUGUGGGAGAAGAGGUGGAAUCUUUGUGUUUACUUUUCUCUUCCUCCCAUGGAAAGUUGGGGAGUCUAUUUCCCUUCCCUUUGUGUUUCCGCUGGUCAGUGAAUGCACAGUAAGGUAUAAAUGAUGCUGUAACAGCUAUGCCAGUUCCAGGGCUAGGUUUUAAAAGGCCUGGUAGCUAUGGCCCUGCUCUCUUAUAAACUAACUGCCAUUUAAGAGGUAUAGCUACCUUAAGACCACCAUCCUGGGCAAAAUCCAAGCCACAUGCACAGGCCUAUAGGAUAAAAAAUGGAGAGAAAAAGGCCAAGGAGGAGUGAGGUGCCAGACAUAUCAGGGAAGAAGCCAUCUUGCAAGGUCAGCCAGCCCGUCCCCCCAAGUGAUGCCAAAUGAACUGCAGGCACACUGUGUGGGUGGUCCCUUCCCAACUUCCCGACCUACAAGAUGAUGAACUAAAUAAGAUCGUUAUUUACAUGGUGACUAUAGCUGAUGACACUACUAUAUAAUUGAAAUUUGUUAAGAGAGUAGAACUUAAGAGUUAUCACUAUAUAUAUGUAUAUAUAUGAAAAUAACAUUAUAUGUGAAGUGAUGGCUAUAUUAACUAAUGAUGGGAGGAUUCCUUUAACAACCUAUAUGUAUAUAAAAUCACAAUGCACACUUUAAAUAUCUUAAGUUUUAUUUGUCAAUUAUAUGUCAAUUAAGCUGGAAAAAUGAUUGUUUUAAGUCACUUGAAUUUUGUUUUUGUUCAUUAUGGUGCAACAUAUCUAAACACCUCUGAUUUGUUAUUUGAAUUUUAUAGUCUCUACUUUCCAUCUGUGCAGGAGUGUUGUGUGUGUACAUGUGUUUAUAUAUACAUACACAUAUAUACAUGGAUUUUUACCAUAUAAUUAGUUUAUGCCUAAGUUCAAAAGGAAUUAUUUAAUAUACUUUCAAAUGUAUAUACUAGAUCUAUUUUAUAUACUAUUUUAUAUACUAGAUCAAAUUUUAUACUAGAUUUAUAUACUAGAAAAAAGUCAUAACAGGGAGGUAGAUAGUGAGUUCCUUGCUCCUAUUUGGUAGGAGAUCUAAGGAAACCAAAGCUGCCUUUAUUAAAACUAAAACCCAGUUUCUCUAACGGUUGAUGGAGGUAGAGUCUCCCCAUGAGAGAACGUUUCUCUUGACCAAUGGUUUGUGUCUUUCUGGACCGGUCACCUCUCUCAGAGGAACCCCAUUAAUUACUGCAACUACCACCACUGUCCUUAAAGGGCCAUGGUCCGCUUUAACAGUGACCCAAGCAUGAGCACAUAGCUCUUUCUUUUAUUACUCAGUAGUGAAAAUGAAAUGAGGCUGGACAUUUAAAAAUUUCAUUAGAGAAAAGAAUAGAGGGGUGCCUGGGUGGCUCAGUUGGUUAAGCAUCUGACUUCGGCUCAGGUCAUGAUCUCGCGGUCCGUGAGUUGGAGCCCCGCGUUGGGCUCUGUGCUGACCACUGACAGCCUGGAGCCUGUUUCGGAUUCUGUGUCUCCCUCUCUCUCUGACCCUCCCCCAUUCAUGCUCUGUCUCUCUGUCUCAAAAACAAAUAAAACGUUAAAAAA